AUGCAGUCCCACCACGGCCGGGCGAGAGGCACUCUGGGAGAUGGAGUCACCGCGAAGCCCCGCCCUCAGCCGGGAGCCGUGAACUGCCCCCAGUUCUCGCGAGGGUUCGACUCCAAGCCCCGCCUGAAGGCGGUGCUGCACCUGGCCCCAUUUUACCGCUGGAGAAACGGAGACCCGGCGGGCAGUCCUCAGGCCCUAGCCUUUCGGCGCCCGCAGCAGAGCCCGCGAUCCCGGGUGGGCGGGGGGUCCCACAGCCACCGCCAGUCCACGAGCGGCCCUUCUCCCUCCCAUGCUCAGCUUCCAAGGACUUCCGGCACCCGCCCGCCCAGCGUGCCCCUCGCCCCGGAAGCACACCCGCAGCGCGUUGAGGGCGUGGCUGGGCGGUGCGCCCUCCUAUUGGCCGCUGGCGCUCGGGCGCCCUCCCCCGACCGCGCGCUGAUUGGCCGCACGCACCAACCGUCGGUAUUUGAAUCGGCGGCGGGCGGACCGAGUCUGGGACCGGCGCCUCCCGUUCGCCUCCCGUUCCGUCCUCGGCUCUGCGCGGCGGCCGGCAGCAUGAGUCUGCUGAUCCCCAGUGACGAGAAUGUCACCGCAGACCGGCGCGCAGACAGCUGCGACUUCCUGUUUGCACCACCCGACCUCAGCGGAAGAUCGCCCGUGCUCCGGCCCUCACAGAAGGAGAAUGUGCCGCCCAGGAGCACGGCCAGGGCUCUGAAGGUGACCUUCCAGACGCCACUGCGGGACCCACACACACACAGGAUCCUGACCCCCAGCAUGAGCAGCAACCUCGAGGCCUGCUGUGCCCUGGAUGACGCCAUCGCAGCAGAGAGCUCCCCUGGAGGCUGGACCCGCAGGGAGGACCAACAGUUCACCAAGGAAAUAGACACCAAACCCACCGACGAAACUCUACAGAGACCUGCAGUGGCUGCCGCCCACCGCCCUCCGGCGGACACGAGACCAGCCUCUGAGGACGAGCAUGGCCGCCAGCCUGCCUCCGCACCCCAGGCCCGCCCGGGUCCCUCCGGCUGUCCCCAGGCGCCCGCGAGUCCUGAAAACCAGUCCCUGUCUCCACAAGGAACGUCCAGCGGCCCCGGGCCAGGCCUGGAGGACGACGGUGGCUCUCACUCCCUGGGGGAAAGCACUGCACCCCCCCCUGGAGCUCCAGAAGACCCUCCCGGGGCCCCAUCCCCAGGCGGAACAGAGCACCCUCCCACAGCCACAGGAGGGCGCUCAGACGGACCCCCUGCUGCUCACCCCCAAGCGGCCCUCGGAGAAGACCCCACCACGGACCUGCCUGGGGCCCCGGCCGGCCCCCUGGAGGCUGGAGGGGCGCCGGCCCCACGUCCCCGGGAGGAGGACACCAGUGGCCAAGCUGCCGGCUCUUCGGGCAAGGGGCCCGUGAGGCUGGAGUUCGACUUUUCUGCCGGAGCCACCAGCAAGAGGCCACGCCCCCCGAGGAAAGUGGGGAGGCCGGCGAGGCAGGAAGCGCCCCCUGAGGCGGCGGGAGAGGGGCCCGCUCCCCCCCGUCCCCGGGGGUCUCACAGCCUGGACGGCGCAGACUUCAGCCCCUUCGGAGGCCGUGGAGAGCCCUGUGCCCCGGCACGCCCCCAGGGCAGGCCGGCAGGGUCUGGGGCCGCAGGGGACUCCCCUCCCCGCAGGCAGAUGCCUCCAGCCUCCGCAGACGGCACACCUGUGACGCAGUCCGCAGCGGGGAUGGAGGGACCGGUGGGCGAGGAGGGAGCCGCCACUCUGGAGCCAGCAGCUGCCCCCGGCCGGCCGAGCUCGGAGCCCCCAGUCCCUGCCGCCGACCCAGCGCCCCCCACUCUGCAGGGGCCCGAGCCUGCCUGGGACCUGCGGGAGGAGCACUUCCAGGACGCCGCGGAGGUUCUAGGCAUGGGGGUCGACGUGGACUACCUGGAGCAGUUUGGGACAUCCCAGUUUAAGGAGUCGGCCCUGAGGAAGCAGUCCCUGUAUCUCAAGUUCGACCCGCUCCUGAAGGACAGCCCCGAGAGGCCUGCGCCCGUGGCCCUCACGACCAGCAGUGCGCCGGGUGCCGAGGCGCCUUCCUGCGGGGGCCCACCCCAGGGCCCGCUGGUGGACCUGGACUUCCCGGCCGGGCCGGGCCUGCCUGUGGCCCCACCUCUGGACGUGCUCAGGCCCUCGGGCCCCCUUGUGGACGUGCUGCAGUACAGCCAGAGGGACCUGGAUGCGGCGGUAGAGGCAGCACAGAAGGAGGUCCUGCAGCUGCGGAGCCAGUGUGAGGAGCUGCACCAGAAAAACCUGGAGAUGGGGAAGGUCAUGGAUGGGUACGAGAGCUUCAUGUACCAGGCGAUGGAGGAGGCUCGGAAACAGCAGGACCUCGCCAAAGCCGAGAUGCAGAAGGUUCAGAAAGAGAAAGACCAGCUGAGCACAGACCUGAGCUCCAUGGAGAAGUCCUUCUCCGACCUCUUCAAGCGGUUUGAGAAGCAGAAGGAGGCGCUCGAGGGCUACCGGACGAACGAAGAGUCGCUGAAGAAGUGUGUGGAGGACUACAUCGCCAGGGUCCAGAAGGAAGGCCAGCGGUACCAGGCUCUGAAGGCCCAUGCGGAGGAGAAGCUCCGGCUGGCCAGCGAGGAGAUCGCCCAGGUGCGGAGCAAGGCCCAGGCGGAGGCGCUGGCCUUCCAGGCGAGCCUGCGGAAGGAGCAGAUGCGGGUCCAGUCGCUGGAGAAGGCGGUGGAGCAGAAGACGAAAGAGAACGACGAGCUGACCAGAAUCUGCGACGACCUCAUUUCCAAGAUGGAGAAGAUCUGACGUGGGACCGCCCUGCCGCCCGCCCUCCUGUCUGUCUGUCUGUCUGUCUGUUAGGUUUCAUGUUCCUUCUCCUCUCCUCACCUCAGCUCGUCUUUAAACUGAUCACUUUAGAAACGAGACUAAAUAAAAUGUGAGUUUUGCACUGAA